UUUUCUCCCCUCCGUCAUGCCAGGGACAAAAAUUGCGGAUGAAGAUCGGAAGAAAAUCGAUAAGAAAUUCAUCUGCACCAGUUGUGACAUGCUGUUGUGCACGCCCAUGCAAACUCAAUGUGGACACUUGAUGUGUUCUGAUUGCCUGCAAACAUUGCUAGAGUAUGUUAAUACCCUUAAUACUCUUCGCUGCAAAAAAUGCAACUAUUGGCCCUCUGGCAGGAAUUGAACCUGUGUCCCUGCAUUUCCGGUGCGGCGCUCUAACUAACUGAGCUACAGAGGCAAAACAAUCCUGAUAUUUACCCAUAUAGCUAACGGUUAGAGCAAAACUGGACUUUGUAGCUCAGGUAACAUCUCGUAUUUCGUGCACGAAUAUAUUUCUUUUUGAUCACCUGACCAUGUUGUCAGUGGCGUAACUAGAGCGUUAAUGGGUAUAUAUAUUCGUGUUCUGCCCGACUAAUUUCUUUUGAAAUGAACUUGAAAACAAAGAAAUUCAAAAGAAAUUCGUCGGGCAGAACACGAAUAUUUGAAUAUACCCCCCCCCCCGCAAUUAACGCUCUAGUUACGCCUCUGCAUGUUGUGUGCGAAAUAUGAGGCCAUGUCCGUCACCUAGAUUGGUGCAUAUAAUAUUCGCUUAUAUUUUGGCAUGGGGGAUAUUUGGCACGAAAAGAGUUUUAAAUACAGUGGGGCUAAGCUAUGGAAUAGUCUCUCUAUCGAUACGAAACUGGCAGAAUCAAUGCACCUGUUCAAAAGCCAUUUAAAACUUAACUCUAAUACUAUAUAUAUUUGAAAUAAAUUGUAACUCCGUCUAACCAUAACAUCUGGGGUCACACCAAUUUGUAAAUAGUCUUCUUUUCCCUUAUAUCUUUUGUAAUUUUUAACAUUGUAGACGCCCCCCGUGGAAACCAGCGCACCGUUGACGGGGCUAGUGUCUUUAAAUAAAGUUUUAAUACAAAAUACAAUAAACCGGCCUGCCUGGUGCCCCUGUUACUCUGCAGACUCUUAUCAAACGAGGUUUGAUCGCUUGAUCCUGAAGAUUGGAAAUUGAACAGUGCAAUAUUAUGAAAACUAUUUUUAUCAUUCAGGAGUUCAAACCCAAGAUGUCCUGCAGAUGGUGCAGUACUCGAAAAAGAACAAGUGAGUGGUUCACAUUUACAUAUUUAUAUUCAGACACUUUUAUUCCAAAAGUGAUAGGCAUCUGAGACUGAGUCACACAAAAAUGUUAUUUGAUGGCAGCGGGCAUAAUACUCAAAUGUUUGGUUACCGUUAUAAUGCAUGGUAUGCUUACAUUAUCAGAACAGUGCUAAUUACAAUCGUGGACGUAACGCGUCGUUGAUGUACGUUGACAAAACAAACGUCAUCACCCUUUCUUCCUUAGUUCAAUGUUGUGCACAUCCCCGCAAUAACUUUUGGUAAUUUACCACGACACAAGCUGAACAUUCGAUUGGGGGAGUGAUAGGUUGUUUGGACAAAUUACUGGAUCUUUGAAACUGAUUUCCCAUCAAUCUCUGCGAUCAAGUUAUCCGUCGAAUUUAAUUUUGUGGCAACUGUCGUAAACUUGUGUAUUAGAUGGAUUUGAACUGAGAACAGCAAACUUGUGCAAAUUAACGACGUUUUGUCAACACGGACGUCGGAUUGCCGAGGGGGGUGGGGACUGGAUUAAAAACUGUGUUUGUGUCAGUUUGUGGUAACCUUCAACACAUAUGACAAAACAUAAGAGUUUUAGAGUUUUUUGCUUCCUUACACGAGCGCUAUGAGGCAAAAUUAGCUAUAUAUAUUACCAAAUUUUGGGUGACGUUCGUGUUGACAAAAAAAUGUCACUUGCAUGAGGUGAUUGUUCUGGAAAUGACAAUUUGCUGAAACUUCCCAGGGAUGAAGUUUAUGAUAUGCUUAUAGUAAGAACGAGAAAAAAAUUGGGGUCACCGAACUCGUUUCGAAGAUAUGACAUAAGACGCCACUUGACCCUUUUGUGAGUUACAGGAACAAUCGCAACUGCACAACCGUACGUUAUUGAUUUUUUUUAACAAGACUCCUGAUUCCUACUUACCCGUUUGGAUGGUGAGGUUUUUCAUUUAAAUAAAAAUGAUUGAUGAUGAUGAUGACUACUUGGACUCGGGUUAAGAUCCAUGCCAGUGGUAUCUUGAGCAGACCACCCCCACAGGGCCAACACCUUCACACCAAUUAACAAUUGGUGGAAAUAUGAAAGAACAGGAGAAAAAAACACACAAAAAAAACAACAAAAUCUAACACCACCAAUGCGCGGCCAAGCUCUUAUUACAUACGCGCCCGGCCCUCUUUUCGGUCACAUGAUGUGCUGACGUAACGAGACUUGGUUCCCUAGCUGUUAACUUGGUUCCCUAGCUUGGUUCCCUAGCUAUUAAAACGUAGAGAAGAACAGAAACAUAAAACAAAAAAUGGGGCCACGGUUUAGUGUUAGUUGCACAAGGAGCCUUCAUUCUGUCAUGCUCACUAUUUAUAGUUGUACACAAUCACUCGAACCUUGGGUAUUUGUCUCAAAAAGUGCGACAUAAAUUUCUUUCAGGUGUUCCGCGAUGUUUUCACUAAACGUGAGCUCAAUGCAUUAUGUUUGCAUUGUAGCAACCAAGGCUGUCCUUGGCAUGACACUUAUGACGCACUGGAGGUGAGUUGGGGUGGUAAGAAAGAGAAAUGAGGAACGAAGGUGAAAAUAAUUUGAGGAGCGUUGAUGGUAUAUGUUAGUGCGCUGUCGCUUGCCUCUGAUCUAAGCUUGCCACUGUAGAUUAUUGAUGAAGGACUUACUUAGCAAUUUGCAGAGUGCGGCAUUGUUCACUCUUCUGUUAACAGCACGAAGGUGACGAGCCCUAGAGACCGUAACCAUUUCUUUGUGACUUAGGCACAUUCUGCUGUCUGUGAACAUGCUUUGAUAAACUGUGUCCAUUCCCAAUGCAAGAUGACAUUCCAACGCUCUCAUUGUGGUGAACAUUUGAAAAGUGAAUGUGAAUAUCGGAAUGUGAAGUGUGAUUUUUGUCGGAACGAUGUCACCUUGGCCUCCAUGAAGGUAAGUAAAAAAAAAGUAACUUUUGAGAACAGUCAAUUGAACAAUCCAGCAUGUCACGACGACGACGGUCUUAUGUAAUUAACCUCAAACCUUGUAAUUAUCCUUGAACCAGUACGGUAUGCUCAGUUUUACUCGCUGUUCGUCUAGGAACAUAUUGGUACGAUAUGUGAAGAUGCACCCGUGACUUGCAGAUACUGUUUGAAAGAUGUUUUGAGAAAAGACAGUGAAAGACACGAGAGACGCGAUUGCAAUGAGGCUCCGGCGACUUGUGAGUAUCAAGAUGUGGGAUGCAACCACGAUAAG